UUUGCCUCUACCUUGCCGAAGAAGUGACAGGCUUACAGGAGGAGGGAGGAGAAGUUUUUCUCAGCUUCGCCUUCUCCCCUUCAUCAUGGAGGCUCGGGCACAUUUCUCACGGGAGGAAAUCAACAGCACGGUGUGGGAAGUAGCUGAGAAAUACACACGGCUCAAACAGAUAGGGACCGGGGCGUACGGCUCGGUGUGCUCGGCAAUAAAUGAGAAGACUACAGAGAAAGUGGCCAUCAAGAAGCUGCACAGGCCCUUCCAGUCAGAGAUCUUUGCUAAGAGGGCCUACAGAGAGCUGCGACUGCUCAAACACAUGAAGCACGAAAAUGUGAUAGGACUUCUUGAUGUGUUUACACCUGCCUCAAGCCUCAAUGACUUCCAAGACUUCUACCUGGUGAUGCCUUACAUGUUUACUGACCUGUCGAAGGUGCGGGGUCAUCUCUCAGAAGACAAAGUCCAAUUUCUGGUCUACCAGAUGCUCUGCGGACUCAGGUACAUUCACAAGGCCGGAAUCAUCCACAGGGAUCUUAAGCCAGGAAACUUGGCAGUAAACCAAGACUGUGAACUGAAGAUCCUGGACUUCGGUCUGGCUCGCAGUACUGACGCCGAGAUGACGGGCUACGUGGUGACCCGUUGGUACCGGGCACCUGAGGUCAUUCUGAACUGGAUGCACUACACCCAGACUGUGGACAUCUGGUCUGUGGGCUGUAUCAUGGCAGAAAUGAUCAAUGGAAAGACUCUUUUCAAAGGAAAAGACUACAUGGACCAGCUGACUCAGAUCAUGAAAGUGACUGGAGUACCUGGACCAGAGUUCAUACAGAAGCUGGACAGUCCAGAGGCCAAAACUUAUGUGAAGGCCCUUCCACGUUAUCCCAGAAAAGACUUCUCAACGUUGUUCACCAGAGCCAGCGCACACGGUAUCGACCUACUGGAGAAGAUGCUGGUUCUCGAUGGAGACGAGAGGCUCACGGCAGAACUGGCUCUGGAGCACCCGUACUUCGACGGUCUGAGGGACCAGGACGACUUUCGUGAGCCUGAAACGUAUGAUGACAGCCACGACAACGCCACAUUGUCCCUGGAUGAGUGGAAGCGGUUGUGUUUCAAAGAGGUGAGAGACUUUGUGCCGUUCCCACGGCGGGACUCCAAGAGGAAAAACACCCUGACUAUGUCUCAGUGACCUGAUGAAUGUUGUGCCCCCACCAACAUAGAAUACAGCCAAUGGUGCCCUUGUAUACUCUAACCAUGGAUUCAGUCUGUUUCUUCUAGCCUGGAGAUGUUUAGAUUUUGAAUCAGUGUUCAGAAGAGUGAUCAUCUUAAAAACUUUUUUUUUUUUUGUAAUGUGCAAUUAUUUCCUAAAUUUAAAUUGCUUUGUGUGACACACAUUCCCUGUCAGUGAGUUGUCUUGCAAAUUUAUUGUGACCAGAUGUCACGGGGUUUACUGUAAGAUUUACUGUAAAAUUGUUUUCCAAUUAAACAAUAAGACAAAAUAUGUAUAAAGUUAUUUUUUGCAUUGAAAAUAGCAUCUCUCAGGUAAGGGGUUUGGUUGGAUCUGGGUUUUUGCCAACAAAUGCCCUGAAAACCCCUGACCAGUGAGGGGCCCAAAAGAUUAGCAGUUACAAUGUAAAUGUGCAAUAUGUUACAGGUGUCUGUUGGGAUAUGGGACCAUGACAGUGUGUAUGAUGCUCAAAGCAACUAGUCCUUUUAAUUUAUGUCUGCUUUUAUCACCUGUGGGUCCAUACUGCACUACUGUAAUGCCUGCCAUGCUGUAUAUACCAUUUUCACACUUGCACACAAAUUUAAGCCCAACCCUUGUGGGUGUUUUCAGUAUCUAGCAGCUUUUUAAUAUGUACUUGGCUGGGCUUGUACGUUAUUCAGAGGCCACUUUGUGAUGUGUAAUAUAGAGAGUCAGUGUAAGAUGUCAUUGGGGGUUAAGGUUAUUCUGUUUAAUUCAUUGCAUCAUCUAUUUGAAAGGGGAUCCUGCACAGGACAUCUUGAGACUGAUAAUAACCAUGUAAUACCUUAAAAUGUGAUGCUGGUUUGUCACUUCUUUCUUUUUUUUUCUCUGAGUGGGUGAAUGUCUGUGCAUGUGUGCAUAUGAACAGAGAAUAAACAUGAG